AUGGCGGGCGGAGUCAGUAUGGUCAAGGGCUGUGAAACAAAGGCGGUCACCGUGAGAGGGUUCGAGGACAAGUUUCACGUCGUUGGCGGCCAUGUGCAUGUUGGCCAGAUCCUGCAGCUGAACCCGAAAAGAAGAAGAAGAAAAACUCCUUUCCCCACAGGAGGUAUGUCCAAAACGACCCAACUUCGCAGCCUCCCUUUUCCCAUGGGUUCUUCUGAAGAGAAGAUGGAAGAGAAUGAAGAAAAGAAUGAAGACAUCAACCGAAUGCGACUGAUAUCUGCCGCUGAAAAAAAAAAAGACGAGCAAAAAACGUCCAAUUGCUAA